CUGGUUUCUUUGUCACAUUGUACCGAUUCUGCAAGUUUAAAACAGUGGGGAUCAAAGGCAGCUGCGUUAAAACAGUGGGGAUCAAAGGCAGCUGAGUUUACAAUCAGUGGCAGUUUCUGUCGACACCGGAAGUGCCUUUUCGAGCUGCCGCUGCCACGAUGUGAGUUUGCCCUAACUGCAGAAAGAGUGUCCGUCUCCGGAGCUCAUGUCCCGGGUCACACUGUCAGGAUGAUGGAAUCAAGCCUGAACAACAUGGCAGAGAGAAGAGAGCCGCUCGAGGACCACGACUCAGCACGACUCAGCACUUUACCACACGCACAGCAUUCCAGCAUCGAGGAGCGAGACCACCUCCAGGUCUUCCUCCGAAUCCGACCCUUCACCUCAGCAGAGAGAAGUAACGGAGAGUCACUGGAUUGUGUUUCCAUCGAGUCUCCGGACACAGUCCUGCUGAAGCCUCCAUGCUCGACAGACAAAUCACUGCCACAGACUGGACAACGCUUCCAGUUCUCUCAGGUGUACGGCCCUGAGACGACGCAGAGAGAGCUGUUUGAAGGCACGGUGAAGAACUUGGUGAAAAAUGUUCUUGAAGGAGAAAACUCGCUGGUUUUCACUUACGGAGUCACCAACGCUGGGAAGACCUUCACCUUCUUAGGUCCAGAUGCUGAUGCAGGGAUCCUGCCCAGGUCUCUGAACGUCAUCUUCAGUAGCAUCGACGAGCAGGUGUUCACCGGGACGAGCAUCAAACCUCAACACUGCAGUGACUUCACAGGACUCAGUGCAGAGCAGCAGGUGGAGGAGGAGAUGUUCAAGAGGAACCUCUUCAGGCAACUGAAAGAAAGUGACCGGAGCAAUGCCAGCCUGUUGAACUCGACCAACAAGACGCUCAUUGAAGGUGCCUCCGUCCUCGGGUCGACUGUGGCUGCAGAGGACAGAAUCAGCCUGGAUUUGCAAACGCACUCUAAGUUCUCUGUUUGGGUUUCCUUCUGUGAAAUCUACAAUGAGAACAUUCACGACCUCCUGGAGGUGGCCUCCAGCGGGGCCCUGAGGAGGACGGUCCUGCGUCUGUCACAGGACGUCCGGGGCAACGCCUUUGUCAAAGACCUGCGCUGGGUUCAGGUCGACAGUGCAGACGAGGCGUACACGGUGAUGAAGCUGGGGAAGAGGAACCAGAGCUUCUCCUCCACCGGACUCAACCACCUGUCCAGCCGGAGUCACAGUAUUUUCACCGUUCGCAUUUUGAGGAUUGACGCUUUUGGGAAGAUCCCCACAGUCAGCGAGCUGUGUCUGUGUGACCUCGCCGGCUCGGAGAGAUGCGCCAAGACUCAGAACAGAGGAGAGCGUCUGAAAGAAGCUGGAAACAUCAACACGUCCCUGCUCAUCCUGGGAAAAUGCAUCAAUGCCCUGCGGCACAACCAGCAGGCCAAGCUGCUUCAGCAUGUUCCCUUCAGAGAGAGCAAGCUGACCCACUACCUGCAGGGCUUCUUCUGUGGCCGAGGAAAAGUCUGCAUGAUAGUCAACAUCAACCGGUGUGCCUCCAUGUACGACGAGACACUCAACGUCCUCAAGUUCUCUGCCGUGGCACAGAAGGUUGUAGUCCUGUCCACAAGGCCUCUGGCCUCGAAACCGCAGAGGUCUGAGAGGAAGACUCCUGGCAGCAGGGGGAGCUCUCUGAUGGACUGGGAGAGCAGCCUGGAGGAUGUGAAGGAGGAAGACGACAAUGAGUACGAGGAGGAAAACAGCCUGAUGGAGGAAACUAUGGACCAGACCGGGAAUGAAGACGAUGAUGAAAUCCUCACCAGCAAACAGACGCACCAGCAGCAGGUGGCGCUGCUGAGGCAGCUGCAGAUUGAGCUGAAGCAGGAGCGAGCGGCGGGUCUGCUCACCGAGGCUCGAGUGAGAGAGGAAAUCAGCAGAGAGUUCUCUGACCUUUUCUCAGAGAUGCAGGUCGACUUCAAUGAGCGCUUGGUGAGGGAGAGAGAAAUCUUGGAGGAGCGAGCAGACCGGAGGCUCGAGAUCUUUAAGAACCUCGUUGACAAUAUGACCAAAGCUGGAACCGGUCAGGAUGCACAGGACAUGGACAAAUCUCUCGACUCCUCCGACCUGACAGACAUACAUGAGGCAGCAGGUAAGUGUCGGGGCUCAUGUGAAACAGGAGCCGUGGAGGAGCUGAGGAGGAAGGUGCUGCAGCUGCAUGAGCACCAGAAGAAAGUCCAAGAGCAGGAGGCUCAUAAACACAAAGGCGAAACCAACGAAGAGGCCGAGGAGACGAUGACGCUUCUCUCUCAGCUCCAGCAGAAGUCGUCUGAGGUUUCCCGGCUGGAGAAGCAGGUGGAAGAUCUGCAGAGGGCAGCACAGGCUCGCUCACAGAGCCGCUCCUCCACGCUCGAGAAGGAGAGGUCACCUGAGAGGUCACCUGAGAGGUCACCUGAGAGGUCACCUGAGAGGUCACCUGAGCAAGAGCAGCUGCAGGAGGCGCUGGCAGCCCUGGAGAAGGAGAAGAAGGACAGAGAAGAUGUGGUAUCUGCUCUGGAGUACCAGACUUUGGGCAAAGAGGAGGCUCUGGCUUCUUUAGAGGAGGAGAGGAAAGCAAGGGAGGACGCCAUUGCCUCAGUGGGCGAGCUGAAGCUAGGCAAAGAUGAGGCGAUAGCAUCCCUGGAAAGAGAGAGUAAAGACAAAGAGGAAGCCAUAGCAGCUCUUGCAGAAGUGAAGGAGGCGCUCGCUGCUCUCAGUAAAGAGAGGAGCGUCGUGGAGGAGACUCGCUCUCUUCUGGAGACAGAGAGGAUGAAGACCAGCAGCCUGGAAGAGGAGAGAGAGAAGAGGCAGCAGCAGGUGGACGCCCACCAACAGGAGGUCAUGGACCUGACUUCCAAAGUGGAAGCUGUGGAGCGUCAGGUGACCAGUGAGAGAGAGAGAGCAGAUCAUGUGACAGUCCAGCUGGACGAACACUCGAAGCAGCUCCAGGUGAAGACUUCUCAGAUCCACGUCCUGACGCUGGAAGCUCAAAGCCUGAAGCUGGAGCUGCAGAGCUCCACAGCGCCGCCCGGCAGCGUCGGGGAUCAGCUGAGAGACGAGGUGUCAGCGCUCAGGAAGAAUCUGGCCGAUGAGGAGGAGAAAAAUGAGAACAAGCGCGUUCAAACACUGGAGCUGGAGCGUGAGCUGCAACAGCUGAAAGAACAGCUGGAGCAAUUUAAUGAGCAGCUUCAUCAACAGCACGAAGUUGAAGAGCUGAGGAAGAAGCUUCAGGAGCAGGAAGUGAUGUCACAGCAGACACUGGAUGAGCUGAGAUCUAAGCUUGAAUGUCAAGAGCGUUCGUCCAAAGAAGACGAACAAAGACAGGCCUCAGAAAUCCAGCUGGAGGAGCUGAAGUGCAAACUGAGUGAACAACAAGAAACUUCUGACAAAGUCUUAGAUGAUCUGAGGCUAAAGAUCAGCGAACAGGGGAAAACUGCAGAGCUGCUCAAGGCCGAACUGGAAGAGGCUAGGUCAAAGGUCAAAGGUUCCUCCUGCUCUGAAGAAGAGGUCAAGAGGUUAAACUCUGAACUCCAGACAGAGGUGGCAGCCCUGAGAGAAAAGAUUUCCAACAUAGAAGAAGCUAAAGCGUCUGCCUCCGAAACCAAAGCUCCGCUCGCCUCCUCAGAGACUGAGACUGAGAAGGACAAACAGACGGAGAAGAGCGCGUCUGCAGAGCUGCAGAAGAAGCUGCUGCAGAAGGAGGUUCAGGUGACAGCCCUGCAGAAGAGCCUGCAGGAGGCUCUGGAGCGGCGGGAGGAGGAGGAGAUCCAGGCGGUGCAGGAGGCUCGACGUAGGGAGGCGGAGAGACGCAGGGAGCUGCUGGCUGUCGCCCACGAGGCCAUCGCUCAGAAGGACGAGGAGCUGGAGAAGAAAGGCGGCGAGAUCGACAGGCUGAAGGAAAACGCUAAGCAGGCCUCAGAGAAGGUGGAGAGCCUCGGCCUGGAGCUACAGAGGAAGGAGGAGGACGUGUCGGAUCUCAGAGAGAAGCUGGCUGACUACAAGAAGCAGGUCCAGCAGGUCCAGAAGGAGAUUUCUGCGAUGAGGGAAGAGGUGAAGGUUUCCAGACAGAAGCUGACGGACACGGAGAAAACCAAGAAGCAGCUUCAGUCUGAUGUGGCCAACAGAGACCGAACCAUCCAGCAGCUCAGACAGGAACUGUCAUGUGACACAAAGUCUGACCAGACGCUCUACCAGAAGUCCUGUAAAGAGCUUGAAGCCAGAGGACGGGUGAUGGAGGACAUGCGUUUGGCUCUGACGGAGCAGGAGGAGACCCAGGCCCAGAUGGAGGACGUCCUGGAGCAGAAGCUGAACCUCAUCCAGGACCUGUCCGACGAAGUGGACAAACUGAAGGCGAAGCUGUGGCAACAGGACGGUGGAGCCGACGCCCACUGUCGGGUCGACAGCUCGUCACAUGACGUCAGACAGGCCGAACAGGAAGCUGCACAGGCUCAGGACAAACUUAAGCUGUGUACAGACAAACACCAGGCCGAACGCAAGAAGUGGCUGGAGGAGAAGCUCUCUCUGAUUGGCCAAGCUAAAGAGGCCGAGGACAAGAGGAACCAGGAAAUGAGGAAGUUUGCUGACGACAGAGAACGUUUCGCUCGCCAGCAGAUCCAGAUGGGGGCGCUGUCGUCCCAGCUGACGGAGAAGGAUCAGACCAUGGAGACUUGGAGGAAGGAGAGAGACACUCUGGUUUCAGCUUUAGAGGUUCAGCUCCAGAAACUUCUCUCCAGUCAGGCAGAGAAAGACAAACUCAUCCAGGAGCUACGGCACAAAUCCACACAGCCGCCACCAGAGUGUGUCGGUGGUGAUGAUGGUGUCGGUGGUGAUGAUGGUGGUGAUGGUGAUGGUGUCGGUGGUGUGGGUGGUGUGGACGUGGCAGAGCUGCAGGCGGCUCUGCGUGAGAGGGAAGCCGACAUCCAGCGACUGAAGGAGGAGCUGGAAGCGUCCACUGUCCACCAGGUGGACACGGUCCCUCAGGAGAAAAGCAGCGAGAGCCCUGCUCCACUGGCAGGGAAACCCCAGAGUGAAGCCAUCAGCGAGAAGUCAGAAGGACGGACGGACCCCAGAGCGUCAGUGAGCAGCCAGGGCUCUGCUGGCUUCCCAUCUGUUCUGGAUGCGUCGGAGAUCUCCACAGAGAACGGACGGACGAGCCGCUUCCCUCGGCCGGAGAUGGAGAUCUCCUUCAGCCCCCUGCAGCCCAACCGCAUGGCCCUGAGGCGCCAGGGGGAGGAGAGCGCCGUCACCGUGAAGAUCACCCGCUCGGCGCGAAAGAGAAAGAGCGGAGAGAUGGAGAAGGAGGAGGUGGAGGCAGAUAACAGAAGGAACACAAGAACCAAACUGACGACAAAGCUGACCCCACACAAAGAGGAGAUCUCGUCCCCGGCGGGUCGCCACACCUCCCGCAGCAGGAAGGAAGGGACGCUGCAGAAGAUCGGAGACUUCCUGCAGAGCUCCCCCACGCUGCUCGGCACUAAAGCGAAGAAGAUGAUGAGUCUGGUGAGCGGUCGGGUUGAUGCCGCCGCCUCCUCUUCCUCCUCCUCCUCCUCCUCCUCCCUCAGUCUGAGAGCAAACAAGAGGAAACUGUACAGGCCUGAGAUUUCCUCCCCCAUGGACAUGCCCUCACACCCAAUCAUCAGCCGAGAGCCGGUGGAGAGAGAGAGCGACCAUCAGAUCAUCAGGAGGCGUCUUCGCUCCAGGCUGAUGAAAUGAGCAACUGACCAUUGUCUGUGUGGCGCAGUUAGCUUAGCAUAAGUCUUAAUUCACAGUUCAUUCCUUUGAUGAUCAAUAUCAGCUGACUGAUAAAUGACUGUUUUUAUUGAUCAGAAGUCACGUGGCAGUGAAGUCACGUGACUUCUGAUCAACACUCAUUUAUCUUUCUUCACUUUAGACAGAACGUGCUGACUUUUACUUUAACGUGCAAUUAGCCCCGAUGUUCUCGAGAUUUGUUUUAAUCUGCUGUUACUUUAUAUUUAGUUUCAUAUAUUUAACAUUUCUGUUUGUUAAAAGAGGAGUUUUUUCUCUAUCCCGUGUGAAACCACUGAUUUAAACUUCAUGUUGUGGAAGAGAAAUGGUUCAAAUCACUAAACUACAGUUCAGAAGUUCCGCUGCACUUUAUCCCCGAGGUCAACAGGUCGAAGCUCCGGAGACAUGAAGGACUCGCUUUGUACAUUAAAGUUGUUUUGAGGUUAAAACGUUAGUUUCAUGCACUUUUCUCUAAAUGUUCAGUUUAUUCUUCAGACUUUUCAAACAUUUGUUUAAUAAAAAAAUGUAAAUCAG